AUGGUUCCCACUGAGCAGCAGACAUGUUCACCUCCUCACAGCACUGUGCAGAGGUUGGUUCUGACCUGCCUGCCUCCAGUCGUCCACCGAUUCCUCUUCAGCCAAUCAGAGGAGUUUCCGGUGACUCACCUGGUCCUCAGAGCGCUGUUUGGAGCUCUGAGCGGUUCAGGUCUGUUUCUGUGCAUUGCCCACAACCUGCCGCUGACCUCUGACCUGAAGCUGACAGUAGGAUGUGUAUUUGUCGCUGUGUGUGCCGCUGGUGGAGCAUUGUCUCCGUACUUCAGGUGUUCGAUUCUCCUCAUGUUUCCCAGCAUGCUCGGCUCUCGCGGCCGGUCUUACCUGAUGCUACUGAUCCUGUCUGUGCUGUACACAGGACCAAUUUCAAACAUCCGACGUAACGCAGAGUCGGCCGCCUUGACUCUGAGCUGUAACUUAGAUCUGCAACUUCAUCACGGCAGGUUGCUGUGGAGAGAAGCCGUCAAACCGUUCAUACUCGUCACUCAGGAGCUCAUGAAUGAUAAAGCUGAGUUUGAGUCAGAGACUCUGAGUGUCAACCAGAAGUUUCAGUCCAUCAGGGAUGAAAUCGUCCUUCAAUAUGGGUACGAUCGAUUCGAACCAAGCAACAGCACUAACAGCACACAGGAACAGUUCGCCGCCAAGACCGUCUUGCAGUGCGACCGUGUGAUGAACCAGGGCAUCCAGCGCUGUGCUGACUGGUUCAGCAGCAGGUGGGAGGCUUGUUUGGAGGCGAUACCUGUCCCCGUCAUCAACCACAUCCUCUGUAUCCCCAUGAAGUUCCACUUCCUGUGUGACGUCAUGAGAGUUAUGACUCCAUGGUGCAGAGAGCACAUUCCUGUGGAGGGAAACUUCGGUCAGCUGUUCGAUCAGCUGAACUCUUCAGUCAACCAGCUCUCCAGAGAGUUCAUCGCUGAGCUCACUGUGGAGGAGCAUGAGGAGCAGGCAGUGCUGGAUGGAGCUCUGCCAGCAGAUGACUUCACUCAGGCUGUAAAAAGAUCCUUCAAUGACCUGACGGCAGCGAUGGAACAAGUGUUCAACGUUCUGCGGCUGCUGCUCUCCUUCACCUUCAUCACCAUCAUCACCCAGGCAAUCGGUUACCUGAGAUCUUACAUGAGGGACAUUGAUUUCGACAACACCUACAUCACCACCUACUUCAGGCAGAUCGACGCCCGCAGGAGGAAAGCAGGGAAGCGCUUCUUGCUGCCUCUGAAAAAAUCUGAGAAAAAAGAGUUCAUCUACCCCUGGAGUCUGAAAAUCCAUACCGAAGAGCUGCAACAAGUGAUGUCAGGUUUGUUCCAGGUGAUGUUCGUCUCUCUGCUGUCCGUCAUCCUGCUGGCCGUCGACUUCUCUCUAUUCCACGUUCUGGACAUCGUCAGCAGACACACCAUCUCCCAUUUUAACCUGACCAGUAGCCACCAGGUGGACUUCAGAGUGGACGGAGACACCAUCAUGGGCCGCCUCCUGAGAACGAUGGUUUCAGCCUUCAACAGCUCAUCCAGCCUCGACGUCACCACUGACAACAGCGUGUGUAUGUCUCCCCCGUCUUCCCUCUCCUCCGGUGUGUACAUCAGCUGUGCUUGUUGUGUUGCGCUGCUGCUGCUGCUCAGCUGUCUUCAGGUUUACAGCAACCGCCUGCGACGCGUCAUCACCGCCUUCUACUACCCAAAGAGGGAGAAGAAGCGAGUCCUGUUUCUCUACAACCUGCAGAUCCAGAGACGGAUUUCCUCCGCUGACAGUAAACACACUGCGAAUAGAGGACAGAAGCGCAGGACGGUGUUUCAGCAGCUGGUCAGGUGUUGGCGCCGUCUCUGUUGACAUCACAGACAGGAAGUGUAUCAGACUCGGAGGAGACGCACUACACCAGCAGUUAGACAGCGGUCCACCGAAGAACAGAGACGGACACCAUAAAAAUGCAAGACUCCCACAAAAACACAUUAAAUUAACAUUAUCUAAAAAACAAUGUUUAAAAUGUAUAUUAUUUUUUUAAUACAAUUUACUGUUGUUUUUACAGUUUUUUUUCCUGUUUUGGUAAAUUACUGAUGAUAUCUACCAAAAAUCUCUACUCUUUGGUAUCAUUUUGUGACUCUUUGUGGUAACUGUGUGUGUCAUUGUCAUCAUUUAGUUUCAGUUUGGUAUCGUGUUGUGUCUCUUUGUGGUUAUUUUGUGUUUCUUGUGGGCAUUUUGCAUCUUUUCGUGGUUGUUUUCUGUCUUUCUAGUGUAAUUUUUUAUGUCUGUGUUAUAAUUUUGUGUCUUUUGUGAUCAUUUUGCGGUCACUUUGAGUCUAUUUGUGUCAGAUUUGUGCAUCUAUAAAAUAACAGUUAUGUUGCUGACAAUUCUUUUUUAUCAUCGCAUUAUCAGUUAUUAAAGCAUUUAUACAAUUAAUCCAAUUGCAGCUGGAUCAAGCUGAGCUGCUAAUAAAGACACAAUUCAGUCGCAAGUGUAAAUAAUAUACAGCGCUGUGUGUGAUCACAGGAUCCUAUUACAUCCGGCUGAGUUAUGUAACCAGCUGAUCCUGAGCAGCGGCACGUGCAGCUUCAUUCACAGCUUUAAUCUGAUGUACGAGCUGAUGCUGGAUCAGUUUACAUUAGCACUCCUCUCACUGAACUGUUUCCAACCUCUCUGACCUGUAAUCCUCCUCAAUGUGCUAAUUAUUCAGCUGCCAGCCUGCCAUGUGGGCCAAACACUGAUUUGAACUUACUGUACAUUAAUUCAAAUUUUAUUCAUCAACACACCGAUUCCAAACUAAAAAUUCAGUUUGAAACAAGUCAAAGGCAGAACUUUAGUCUUCAUGCUGCUGUGACAUCACUGUUGAAGGCUUUAUGGUCUUUUUGUGGUUCGUUUAAGUCAUUUCGUGCUCUCUUUUAUGAUUCUUGUGGACAGUUUGUGUCUCUUUGCUGUGGUUUUGUCUGUGUUUGUGUUGGGUCUCUGUUGUUAUGUGGUCAUUUUGCUCAUUUAGUGAACAUUUAGUGGGUUUUUUUCUCUUAGUAGUGCUUCUGUGUCUCUUUGUGGUCAAUUUCUGUUUCUCUGUAGGAAUGUUGUGUGUAUGUGUUCUCAUUUUUUGUCAGUUUGUGGUAGUUUUGUGUGUCCUUGUAAUAAUUUUUUGUCUCAUUCUAGUUGUUUGGCUUGUCUGUACGGCCGUCUUGUCUCUUUGUGUUUGUUUUGUGUCUUUUUGUGGUCAUUUGAUGACUCUUUGUGGUGCUUUUGAAUUGCUUUGUAGUUGUUGUCUGUGUGUGGUCGUUUUGUGUCUCAUUGUGGUUGGUUUGUGGCUCUUU